UUGCAAGAGCAUAGAUCUUCUCUUAAGUCCCACUCUUCCUUUCAUUGCUUCUUCUCUGCUCCAAAGCCAAAAUCUCUUUGGUUAAUCUCUUACUUAAAACACAAAAAUGGUCAUUAAGAUUCCCAAUACUAUCAUUAAAAGCACCUCACUUCUCUCUUUAAUCCUAUACUUCCUAAUAACAACAACAUCUAAUCCUCAUUCCGUUUUGGGUGAUGAGGUUGCCGACGAAGAAGAUCCCGAGUUUUACAUUCUUGAUGAAGCUCUCACAAUACUCUCAAACGUGACAGUUUCAUCCAAAACUAGACUACUAGUUUCUAAGUACAAGAAGAUCAAGAAAGGAAUGAGAUGUCACGUGGAGAGUUACAACAUUUGCAAUGGAUUCAAAGCGAACAAUGGCACGAGCCUAUUGCAUUGCUGCAAGAUGCAUUGUCGAAAUAUUCUUGGAGACAUGAAUAACUGUGGUCGAUGCGGUAAGAAGUGUGGUUUUGGGCAGCGUUGCUGCGGUGGUGUUUGCACGUACGUUAACUUUAACCCUAACCAUUGUGGGAAGUGCACGAGGAAGUGCAAGUCAGGGUUUGAGUGUGAGUAUGGAUAUUGCGGGUAUGCUUAAUUAACUUUAUAAAAUAUUGAAAAGUGAGUGUUAUAAUUUAUAUUGUAUUUUUGAGCUGUUAUAUUGUUUUCUUUUGUGGAAGAGACCGUUAUAGCAUAUAUACUGUGAGGAUUUUAUAAGUAUACAAAGUCUUCAUGCAUACGCAUGUAAUGAUUUUGUGGGUGAGUAUACAUAUGUAAC